AUGGCCAACCUAACCUCCAUCCUCAUAAACCUCAUCUCCGCCAACCACAUCCUCCACAACCAUGCCGUCGUCGACGCCUACGGCCACGUCUCAGUACGGUCUCCCACCGACCCUGCGCAAUUCAUCAUGUCCGGGAACCGCGCUCCAGCCCUUGUCGCCUCUCCGUCCGACUUCGUCACAUACCACGUUUCAAAUGCAAGCGCAGUAAAUCCUGACGCACCGAGGGGAUAUAUCGAGCGCUAUAUUCACAGUGAGAUGUACAAGCGCUACAGCAAUGUGACUUGCGUGGUUCAUGCACAUGCGGAGGACGUUCUGCCGUACGCGACUAGUGGUGUUCCGUUACGGCCUGUUUACCAUCUACCAGGUUUCUUGGGUGGCGAGGAGGGAGAUGUCCCGGUUGUUUGGGACAUCGAGACGAUAUACAACGCCACGGAUCCGCAUGAUAUGUUGGUGAGGAACGAGCGGGAUGGUGCAAGUUUAGCUUCGUAUUUUGCGUCGGACCCGAGCAACGCGACGAGUAGUGUGCCUGAUCGUCGGGUGGUGUUAAUGCGGAAACAUGGCUUUACGACUUGGGGGGAUAGUAUUGAGAGAGCUGUGUUUCGAGCAGUGUUCACGGCGGUCAAUGCGAGGGUGCAGACGAAUUCUGUGCUUCUGAGAAAUGCGUUCGCAGGACAGCUGGGUCAGGGCAUUCCGGAGGGGAGCUGGUCAGGUGCUGGAAAUGGAGGGGAUGUAUUCAAUAAUGCUCUAGAGCCAUUGACAGCGGAGCAGGCGGCUGCGACUGAGAGGUCAAAUGACGGGACUAUUGAUCGACCCUGGGGUCUUUGGACUGCUGAGGUUGAGGCAAAUCCGCUGUAUCAGAAUAACGGAACUGAUGGGACUCUGCCUGCGUGA